AUGAUGAACCAAGACUUUGAUAUUAACGCAAUUGAUGAUUUCAUUGACCUUCCUGAGAGCCCUCCUGCUUCUACAGCAGCGCCGCCACCUGUGGCACCAUUGUUUACAAGUCUGGCAGACGUGGAGCGUCAUAUGCGGGGUGUGAUCAAUGCUAUUGAUGGCCUGUAUGGGGAGGAUGGUUUGGCCGUAGUGGCAAACGUUCUUGAACAAGCUCGUGCCCAAUAUGUACCCCACCGACUUCAAGCUGCAGUGGACCGCAUUAAGGCUGAAAAAGAAGGCAUGCCCGCAGCAGCAAACACGGUCGGUCAAACGGUGGAAGAGGUGGUUGCUUCGUUGGCUGGUUGGUAUCGUCUUUGUGUUGCGGCCCCAAAGCCCCAUAAGUACUUGUACUGGGUGGAGCUUUUAACGAUGGUAAAAAGCGACCAGGUGAAUUGGUUGCCUUGGGGGUCCUUGUUGGUGACGAUGUUAGGAUGGAAAAGAUCGAAAUACUUCCGGAUUAUGAGAGCUUUACGUCGCCUGGAUUGGAUGGUGGAGCUUGUGGGCCUGUCCGGUGCUCGACUUAUGAUUGAGAAGGUGCCGUUUGAUUUUGUGGAGGGAUCUGCAAACCGCGACUGGGAGGAGUGGACGGCGGUGAUUCGUACGGACGAGGAUAUUGAAUUCAUGAAGACGGUGGAUUGUUAG